AUGAAGCGAAAGGUUGAUAGUGACGAUUCAAAACAACGUAAAAAUAAAAAACGUAUGAAGAACUCCCGUAAUAUCGAUAUCGAUUCACCUGCUGAAAAAUUAUCAGUUUUACCGGCAACACGUUCAUCUGAAGAUGUUCAAUCAAUGAAAUGUAAUUGGACAAAUAAACAAAAAGUACUGAUAUUCUCCACACGUGGCGUCUCGUAUUUAGCAAGGCAUGUAAUGAAAAAUCUACGUGCAUUAAUGCCGCAUACAAAAUCUGAACCAAAAAUCGAAAUACGUAAAUCAUUUUCAAUUUUAAACGAAGUUGUUGAAUUAAGAAACUGUAAUAAAGUAUUAUUUUUUGAUAUGAAGAAAAAGAAAGAUUUAUAUUUGUGGAUGGGUAAUGUACCAGAUGGACCAACGGUAAAAUUUUUAGUAGAAAAUCUACAUACAAUGGAAGAAUUAAAAUUAACGGGAAAUUGUUUAAAAGGAUCAAGACCAUUAUUAUCGUUUGAUGAAAAAUUUGACAAAGAAUCACAUUGGAAAUUAAUUAAAGAGUUAUUAACUCAAAUAUUUGGUACACCAUAUCAUCAGCCAAAAUCACAACCUUUUGUUGAUCAUGUUUUAUCGUUUUCAAUUAUUGAUAAUAAAAUAUGGUUUAGAAAUUAUCAAAUUGUCGAAGAAAAUGGAGCAUUAGCCGAAAUAGGACCAAGAUUUGUUUUGAAUCUUCACUGUAUAUUUGAGAAAAGUUUUUGUGGCAUGUUAUUAUAUGAGAAUCCACAAUAUAUUGCGCCAAAUUUAAAACGUCGAUUAGCUAAAAUGAAAGCAUCUCAAAAAUACAAAGAACGUAUUUAUUCUAAAGUAGCUUUUGACCAAACAAAACCCAAAGAAAGUUAUACUUACGAUAAAACAGAUGAAAUAUUUCAAACAAAAUUAGCAGAAAAUGCUGAAGAAUAA